AUGUGGCUAUGUAUGGAGGUGCAGCGCAAGCUGGUGCCCCCGGUGCUGGACUGUGGUGUCUCGGCUGGCGACAAGUACUACGUCCACGGCCAGUCCACGCAGGCACAAGCGGACGCCACAUCCAUCAGCCACGGCAUGGUGGCGGCGACCGAGCUGGAUGCGCACAGCCACAUCCGCGGUGAUAUUGUUGCGGGUGCCGGUGAUUCAGGUGGCGGCUGCUUCUCGGUCGACACCGGCAAGCUUGUGGCCAUGGUGGUCGGGUCUGACACUCGUACAAACAAAGCCAUCCUGGUGCCCAGUGCAGUCAUAUGCAGCAUCCUGUCGGACCUGUCGGCGACCUUGGGGGCUGCAGGAGCAGCCACCUGA